UGCUUAUUCCUGACAUUUAUGGGGAAUUAAAACAACCAAUGCAAUACUUAACUUUACCCUCCAAGUAAUAGAGCUGAUUUACUCAAAAAGGAAAACAAUGGAGGGAAUUCAAAACGCCACAAAUCCUCCGUACUCCCUAAUGCACGCAAAUACCCCUGUCCAUAUGUCACCAUCAAAGACCUCUGUCCCAUGGUUAAUUGACGCCGGUUGAGCUUUUGUGCACCAGGCGCCAAAACUCAUCCAGCCGUCCACGUGUCGCCAUCUGCCAAGCCACAGCGAGUCACUCCGUUACCCCGCCUCUCUAUUCCUCGUCCAACCCCACGUCCCCACCACCUGGCUCCAAGAAAAAUACAGUCAAGAAGAAUUUGCAGGCCCAGCACAAGUUCCUCAUGGUGGAAUGUUGUGAUACCUGUGGUGAUAUUGGGAUUAAAGAAACAAUCAUUACUUGUGCUAAGUGCAAAGUUAGCCAAGAACAUAUCUAUUGCACCCGAGAGUAUUGUGAGGGCCCCACAGACGACUGGCAAUGUGAGGAAUGCAGCCACAGGAAUGAGGACAGGUUAUUGUUUAGGAAAACUCUGAGUAGUUCUGAGGCACCAAAGCUGAUAACCAAGAACUCGCAGUCCAGAAAGCUGCAACAAGGUCGUGUUAACUGGGAAAAGAAAGUUCUCAAGGGGAGAACAAAGUAUCUUUCUGUUGAAGAAGUGCUAAAGUUACCGGAACAACAAACUGUUGUUUCCAGUGUAAAAGAAUCUCUUCACUUAACUCCACUAUCACAUAGGAAACGCAAACCAACCCCACUAUCACCUAAGAAACAAAAACCAACUCCUAUGUCACCUAAGAAACCCAUUCCCACUCCAUUGCCAAGGAAAACUGUCAAUCCCAGGGAUACAUUGGCUCCUAAUUGUCAGCCACCAAAGAAGAUUCAUAAGGUGCCAAAAGGUCCAAAUGUCAAGAAAUGUUCGAAUGACCCACUCAUUCAUCCCUCCUGGAAAGGGAGCUUCAGCAUUUGUGAUAGUCUAAACUUUCACGGAUUCCAAGCUCAUCACUCAUCAAAAGCAUGCCAAAAGGUUGUUGAGUUUACAAAGCUGUUGCCCGACAUUCUUGAUUUCAAAGUAGUUCCAAGAGGGAGUGUUUGGGCCAAGUUAUUCCAUGACCACUGCCCUACGAAAGACGAUGUAGGACUCUAUGUAUUUCCCACUGACAUGGAAAGCUUCAUGUUUACAGCUCCAAAGAAUAUAUGACCCUUUUAGAGUUGAUACGAGGCAAAGACGUGGUGAUGAUCAAGCAGCUUGGAAAUGUAGAAAUGCUUGUCUUUGCAUCCACGGUUCUGCAACUAGACUGUCAGAAGGUGAGAGGGAGACACUUCCUCUGGGCAUUGUUUCAUCCCGUGGGCAAAACGGAUUCACAGCUUGAAAUGACAGAAAGGGAAGGAGCAAUAGUAGAAGUGUAUGACAAUGUGGAGGCUGUUGACAUGGAGAUAGACAUGAUGGGAGGGCAAAACUUGGGCAAUGCAGAUGUGGUGGUUCCCCAUAGCCACUCUAGAGACAAUCAUCAUUCCCUUUUGGCCCUCCCCAACAUUGAAAGGAAAGUGUUUCCAGAAGUUCUUCCGGGUUCCAAACCAAAGUGUGGUGGUCCUCCCGCUUCCAAGACGACCCUACUCCCUGUCAAAAUAGAGCCGUGCGAGGACGUGCCCCCUGGCUUUAAGCCGCGAAGGGUACCACUACCAGCUGGAAUGCAUUUUGUCUCUGAGAGGGGAAUAGGGAUUGAUGGUUAAAAGAUGAGUGACAUUUUACAUGGUAAGGUAGGCAAAAGCUUGUAUCUACAACAUCCUUUUAGUGCCUUUGAUACUUCAGAAGUAGCUUUAACACGCAUGCCUCCUAAUUAAGUUCACAUUUCCAUGUUAGGUAAAAUUUGAAGUAAAAAAGAGAACUAAGUUUG